UAUGACAGUCCUCCGUUUGCACAGGCCCAAUUGAGUGCGAAUCACAACUACAGCAGAAAGGAUCGAUGUCUGUACAGCCAUCACUGGCGUUCUGUUUUCGUACAUCAUAGUCCAACGCAUGUGUAGACGCGUGUUCCUCACAUAUGCGCUCGCCUUCUUGUAAUACAAACAUUUACCCUUGUGCGUUGUCUUUUAGGUUAGACAGUUGACUGAUGUAGACGCUCUGUGAUAUUUGCAACUUGUUAACAAUGGAAAUGGCUGAACGCAGACGUACCAGGUGUGGACAGCUAGUGAGGACUAACGGACUGGUGCUGUUAACACUUGCAGGAGUGGUACUGGGACUUUCUUCAGGGUUUGGCAUACGAGAGCUUAAACCUACCGCCACAGCUAUCAUGUGGAUAGGCAUGAUCGGUGAACUCUACUUGCGUGUUCUGGAGAUGAUGAUAGUUCCACUAAUUAUAACAUCAAUUAUUUCUGUGACAUCCACCAUGGACCCGAAAUCUAACGGACGAAUAAGCGCUGUAUGUCUGGUAUAUACUCUUGUAUGUAACUUUGUUCCCAGUGUCAUUGGAUGUCUCCUGUGUAUCGCUGUAGGACCAGGCAAUGCAGUCAAGGAGAAAUUCACGACGGAGAAACAUCAGUCUAAUCACGGCACUACCAUGGACACCAGUGAUGUUCUGGCCGAUCUUCUACGGAAUUUCUUUCCGGACAACAUCGUUGAGGCCACAUUCCUUCAAACACAGACAACUUACAAUCUUGAGAAGACUUCUCAACUAGAAAUGAUGCUAAAUGAAACUUCGUUGAAGGACACACGGUUACGACAUAUGAAAACAGUCAGAAGUCCCAACAUACUGGGUUUGGUCAUGAUAUGUACUCUAUUUGGGAUAGCAUCUGGAGUCCUUCGUGACGUCAGUAAGCCGUUCCAAGCUUUCUUUAGUUCUGCCAGUGACGUCAUCAUGCAGGUUCUGCGCUGGAUCAUGUGGUUAACUCCUAUUGGGGUGGCGAGUCUAAUAACGAAAAUCAUAUGCUCAGCCGAUAACAUAGCAGAUGAUUUCCAGAAGUUGGGAAUGUUCAUCGUAACGGCUGCAGGAGGGAUGGUGUUUUGUGGACUGGUGAUACCCGUCAGCUUUUUCAUUUUACGGAGGACAAAUCCAUUUCCAUUUGUCUUAUCUCUAUCGCAGCCGAUCAUGAUGACAUUUGCAACGGCAAACACGCCUAUUACUAUGCCUGCUGUGAUGACCAUCCUAGAAAAUGAGCAUGGCGUGGACAGGAGGUCUUUUGACAACAAUAACAUCGACUGGAGCGGCGCCUAUACCGUCGUCCUCACUGAUGGCAGUAAUAAUAAUCAUUGCAGCCCUCAAUAUACCGGCCGAAUCUGUUACUCUUCUAUAUACUUUCGACUGGUUAUUAGAUCGCAUUCGAUCAGUAGUGAAUUUGCUGUUUCAAGCUUUUGCAGCCUUGUUAACGCAGGAUAUAUGUGGGAAAUCUCUAGCCUCUCCUCCAAGUGAUUCUACAGAGAACGAACUGAACAAGACAAUACCUAUUAGUGACCAGUCCAUAGAAAUACGCGUUGAGGACAUAACAUUGCAGGAGACAACAAAUUGCAUAUCUGAUAUCGCCAAUGUUUGAUGACAUCAAAACAAUAGUGACAUUAUAUAAAAAAAUAAUCCCCUU